AGCCGGCUCGCUGCCAGCCGGCGGGCAAGGAGGACGAGCGCGGGGCGGGGCUCCCUAAGGACCCGCCCUGAGCGGGCGGUUCUGGCCUCUUCCCGCCUCUUCCGGCCCGCAUCACCAUGACCACCGCCGCCGACCGCUUCAGGCUCCCGGUAGGCGAGGGCCUCCCUCUUCCCCCGCACUGCCUAUCCACUUCCUGCCCGUAGGCGCGCAGGCGCAGUUGCGGCGCUGUUUGACAACUUGGGCGGAGGAGAAGCAGGUGUCGCGAGAAUUGGCGCGCCGCCUGGUGCGGGCUGUAAUUAUGGCGAGCCUGGGAAGCGAGGCCGAGCGGGAGCCUCUCCUGGGCUCCGGCUCUCCCGGAAGCAGAGAAUGGGACAUGGUAGAAACCCAAGAGCUUUACAAGAGCAGAUGGAGAUCUAUUAGGAUUCUCUACCUCACUAUGUUCCUCAGCAGUGUGGGUUUUUCUAUUGUGAUAAUGUCAAUCUGGUCAUAUCUUCAAAAGAUUGAUCAGACAGCCGAUGCAAGUUUUUUGGGCUGGGUUAUUGCUUCAUUUAGUCUUGGCCAAAUGGUAGCUUCACCUCUAUUUGGUUUAUGGUCUAAUUAUAGGCCAAGAAAAGAACCACUUAUCGUCUCCAUCUUUAUUUCGGUGGCAGCCAACUGCCUAUAUGCAUAUGUCCACGUGCCAGCUGCUCAUAACAAAUACUACAUGUUGAUUGCUCGUGGAUUGGUGGGAUUUGGAGCAGGAAAUGUGGCUGUUGUCCGAUCGUACAUUGCUGGUGCCACUUCCCUUCAGGAAAGAACAAGUGCCAUGGCCAAUACGAGCACGUGCCAAGCCUUGGGCUUUAUUUUGGGUCCAGUUUUUCAGACUUGCUUUGCACUCAUUGGAGAAAACGGUGUAACGUGGGACCCCAUUAAGCUGCAGAUCAACAUGUACACAGCACCGGUUUUACUUGGCAUCUUCCUGGGAAUUCUAAACAUUAUUCUUAUUUUCUUUAUAUUAAGAGAGCACCGUGUGGAUGACUCAGGACGGCAAUGUAAGAGCGUGAAUUUUCGAGAAGAAAAUACAGAUGAAGUUCAGAUUCCCGGAGGAUGUAUUGAUCAAGUUGCUGUUGUGGCUACCAAUAUUCUGUUUUUUGUGGUUUUGUUUAUCUUUGCCCUUUUUGAAACAAUCCUCACCCCAUUAACAAUGGACAUGUACGCCUGGACCCAGGAGCAGGCUGUGCUCUAUGAUGGAAUAAUUCUCGCUGCUCUCGGAGUUGAGGCAGUUGUUGUUUUCAUGGGGGUUAAAUUACUUUCCAAAAAGAUUGAUGAGCGUGCUAUUCUCCUGGGAGGACUCGUGGUUGUAUGGGUCGGCUUCUUUAUCUUGUUACCCUGGGGAAAUCAGUUUCCCAAAGUACAGUGGGAAGAUCUACACAACAGUUCAAUCCCUAAUACUACAUUUGGGGAAAUUAUCAUUGACCUUUGGAGCUCUCUGAGAGAAGAUCACAGUCAACAGCCAACUGGGUGCCCAAUUGAACAAGCUUGGUGCCUGUACACCCCGGUGAUCCAUCUGGCCCAGCUCCUGACAGCCGCUGUCCUAGUUGGAGUAGGCUAUCCAGCCUGCAACGUCAUGUCCUACACACUAUAUUCAAAAGUUCUAGGACCCAAACCCCAGGGUAUGUACAUGGGCUGGUUAUCUGCUUCUGGAAGUGCAGCACGGAUUCUCGGGCCUGUGUUCAUCAGCCAUGUGUACACUUACUUGGGCCCACGAUGGGCAUUAAGCCUCGUGUGUGGAAUAGUGGUGCUCACCAUCUCACUCAUGGGAGCCGUUUACAGAAGACUCGUUGCCUUUUCUGUGAGAUGUGGGCGGAUCCAGGAGUAAGCCUGCAGUCUCGGCUGGAUGCUUGCAGCCAACCAUCUCUAACUCACCCUUGAGUAGCAGACCAUGUGCUGAGUAACUUAGCUAUGAAGGGUAAGAUGUGAAAAAACAUUCUGGAUCAUAAUCUCCUCAUCGGAGGUCAUGAACCUAACAGAGGAUGGAUGACUUGUAGGUGUGAAGCUGUACCAGUGUGAACUGGAGCUCUCUAAAACAAUGGGACGAUGCAGUGGAACUGGAGGAAGGUUCUGCUUUAAUCAGCCAGAGCAGAAGGAAAGUUUUAAAAAAAAAUUUAAAACAAAAAUAAUUAUUAUUCAGCUUCCUAAUGAAAUAAAACUGAGCCUUAAAUUCUUUUAGUCUGCCCACCACCAGACUAGGCUUUAGUUUCUUUUCUGCCCAGGGUGAACCCAUUAUCUCUCCCUCAGUGUAAUUUGCACACUACACCUUUGUCAUUUUAAUUUAGGAUCUAAUUUCUAAAUUACCCAUGAGCAAGAAUAAUGCUAACAGCUGAGGAGUAAAGAGGACUAAGAGCUAAGGGCCCUGCGUGCCUUUAGACGGCUGCCUUUCCAAGUGCUAGUAAUUCACAUCAUAAACGUAAGACAAGUAUGUUUUUAAUAUGGUAUUAGCAGAUAAUGGAUUCUUAGAAUUAUCAUAUUUUCCAAGUCCUCUAAACUCUAGCACAAACUUUGACCUCUUAUGCCCUUUCUCAGUAGUGAGAGAGGAACAGCUGUUUGCUUCUGUCUGCAGCAGGACUACAGCUGGACUUUGAAUGCUGUGACACUCCCAUCUGCUCAGGCUGAUUUGAGGGAGAAUGGCCAAAGGUGACUAAUCAAACUGCAUAGUUUCUACCUCUGUGUGAAUAGAACACUGGUAUGUGUAUGGGAGGAACUGCAAACGACGCAGUGUUUUCCCAUCCUGUGGCCAUGGUUUCAAAUCUGAGUGUGAAUGUUUGUAGUCUGCUGAAGCCAUCAGCCCUAAAUGAAGGCAGCAUUUUGCUUCCUCA